GUGAGAGAUAGAAUUAGAGAUAGGGACACGAGUGAUAGUUUAUGAUUAUAUAUACUGAGUAACUGAAUAACUGUCCGCUGUAAUUUUUGCGAGACACAUACCUGUUUUUCCAUACUCUUGGACAUCCUCAGGGAAAUUUAUUUAACAGAAAUCUUGACAAUGGCACAGAUUCUUGGACAAUUUUUCGAAGAUUAUCUGAAUGAGUGGCGGAUUCACCAAAACCGCCUAGUUACCAAAGAAGGCAAUUGCAACAUUGAGUAUUCAAACAUAAAGUACAAAAACUGGAUCAGUUACCUAUUUGACAUUUGGACCACUUUAGUUGAGAUCCACUGGACGUUUCUUAUGUUCUUCUUUGUGGCUUCAUUCAUUCUUAGCUGGUUUGUAUUUGCACUUUUAUGGUACUGGGUUGGUGGUACCAAUGGUGACUUGUGGUGGCAAAACCCAGCAGCUAACCAUAGUGCAUGUGUGACUAAUGUCUAUGACCUUACCACAGCCUUCCUAUACUCACUGGAGACACAGAGUUUUAUUGCUUAUGGUACGCGAGCCAUUACCACAUGCUGCUCAGGUGCCAUUGCUGUCUAUGUUUUCCAGGUUAUUCUUGGUACUGCCAUUACCUGCUUUUGGGGUGGAGUGGUAAUGGCCAAAAUCUCACUGCCCAAGAGAAGAGCCAAAGCAAUCAUGUUUAGUAAGAUGGCCGUCAUCUGCUCUAGACAAGAUAAUCUGUGUCUCAAGAUACGAGUGGCCAAUCUGCGCAAAUCGUUGAUGAUCGGUACCCAAAUAUAUGGCAAGUUUAUUAAGACAACAACCACACCUGAAGGAGAAACCAUCAUCAUGGAUCAGAUCAACAUUGAUUUCAGUGUAGAAACUGGGAAAGACAACCUCUUCUUUAUCUCUCCAUUGACUCUUUACCAUGUGAUAGACCAAACCAGUCCAUUCUUUGAAAUGUCAGUGGACACUCUUCAGAAUCAGGACUUUGAGCUUGUGGUCUUUAUGGACAGUGUUGCUGAAUACACCAGCUUCUCUUGCCAAGUGAGGACUUCCUAUAUCCCUAAGGAGAUCAAGUGGGGCUACCAAUUCCUCCCUAUCAUUUCGCGCAGCAAAGCAGGAAAAUAUCGUGUGGACUUCUGGAACUUUGCUAAAGUUAUGCCCAUAAAAACACCACACUGUGCUACCUGUUUUCACAAUGAGAAAGCGCAUCAUCACCAACUGAGAGAUGGCAUUAACAAUCAGGGCUUUGACUGUGAUUUGAGACAAUCAUAAAAUGAAGAUUAACCCUAAAAACACUGACAUUUUUAGAAACCUUUCAAAUGGGUUAGUGAAGGGGUGCCAUUUCUUAUGCAUGUUUAACAAUAUCCAUUUCAUGUUAUCAUGUUUAAUCCGCCCAGCUGUAGGAGUUUCUGAGAGGUUUCCAGUAUAAAGCUGACACUUUAAGAAAGGAAGAGUGCACUUUUUGUGCUGAGGUAUAGAUUAUUUGCUUUGUUUUAAUAAGAUAGACUGCAUAUAUGUGUAUUUUACAUAAAAUAGUGUAUACGAUAUAUUAUGUAUUGUGUUAUAUCCUCGUGUAUGUUGUGUAGAACUUUCAGAAAAAGUAAACAAAAGAUGAAAAUCGAACACAUCAAUACUCAGAAUUCAUGUAAUAAAAUUAUAAAUGUUUUUUUCUCAUUUUUUCCAACUUUGGAGGAUCUGAUUGCAAGUGGGCAGUCAAGAGUGAUUAACACCUGGUAAACUAAUCUGCCAAAAGUAACCUGCUGUCAAUAAAUAAAUAAAUAAAUACAACAAUUCAAACCUCACAACA